AUGUCCACGUCUAAACCUAAAUUCGUCAAAAAACAGAUACAUGGAUAUUUCAAACGAAAAUCGUCGGAAUGGAAUAUUCUUGACUUCCUUAAAGAAUGUGACUUGGAACCGUGUACAUUAAAGUUAGAGGAAUACAUUUUGUCUCUUAAGACGAUUUCUAAUACGGAGGAAGGUCAAAGGCAUGAGAAAGCUCAGGAAUUGCUCAAUAAUUAUAUGCAGGCAAGCUUGAAUUUUUUCGCCAAGACAAGCCAAGACAGUGUUGGGGCGCAGAUGACCGCCAAGAUCGUCUGGUGUCAAGAUGAAAUCAGGCGGAAUGGGAAUAUGGCACAAGAAAAUGGGAGGCGGAGCGCCAGCGUAAACAGGUUCAACCGAUCAUCAACGAGACCAUCAAUAGGACCAUCAAUAACAACGGCGGGAUCAGUACCAUCAACAGUGGAAUUUUUCGGUACCGAUUUGUCUGAAAGAAUUAUAUCCAAGAGAGAUCGAGAAGAUGACGAUUUUAAAGAACAGAUCGAGCAAACUACAAAAAAAGAACAACACCAAACUAAAUGUGGAAGGAAAAUUCCAAACUAUUGUGAACUAACCUCCAGUUCAUCUGAAGGAGAUGAUAAUGACGAGAUCAAUGCUUUUUUUCAAAGUUCUUCGGAACAACAAUCAUUCAAUCCGUUUAAGAAACUACGAAAAUCUGAUGAACAAGACAUUUUCAACGAAGAGGACAACGAAGAUGACGAGAUUAAAACCACUAAAAGUCCCUCCGCGUCUGCUUCCUCUGCAAGUUGUGUCCACGAAUCACAAGAUAUAAACGAAAACGUGAAAAGUGAUGCGAAAACAAAUUUAGAAGAUACAGAUAUCGAUGCUAGGCAAACUGCAAUACCUUCGUCAUUCUGUCAGACGACAGAUAUCAUUGACGCGGUCACAAAUGACAAGAACUCAAUGCACAAGAUUCAUAAUGAACCCGAAACUUCCAGCAAUGACUACACUGAAGAGCUCGAGGACGACGAGGAGGAAAUUAAAUUUGAUCUAACAGACAUUUCGAUAGAAUUGCAACGUGAACAGACAGUUAAA